AUGACUUCGCUUUCCCAAGGGCAAGUUUGCCUCGACCUUGAUAACCACCUUGGUUUCACAGGUCUACCGGAGAAUGUUUAUGUUCUGAAAAGAAAUUACACUCUUUUAAGAAGGUUGCCCGAUCUAUGGGUUACUGGCGAGAAGGAUAUACACUUGGUAUCUUUUCGAUUCGGUCUCGAAGGUGAUAUCUUUCAUCCCAAAAGAGUUGACAAAGCUUCUUUAACUUGGUCUAUCUUUGCGGCUACGGAGGACGCUCUUAAGGAUGAGUUUGGUUGGCAGGUUAGGAGUGGUGAUUGUAUCAAUAGUCGGAUAGACAAUUGGAGGUUGGAAGGUUUAAAUGGUGGGGUUCUUAAUUCUAAUUUGCUUAACCCAACUGAGUGUAGUGUUAAAGACCUUUGGCUCGAGGAUUGUAGAUGUUGGAACAUUUGUAGAGUUCAUGAGCUUUAUGGGCAAGGUUUGGGGGACAAAAUUUGUAACUUAUCGAUUGGGGGUAAGGGCCAUUGCAAUAAAACUGUGUGGUUUCAUAACCCGCAUGGCUUCAUCAAUUUGAAGUCAGCUUAUUCUUGGUUGUUAUUGAAAGAAAUAGGGUUUGGUCCUCAUAGGUUCUUUCAUAAAGCUUUAUGGAAGGUCGACACUAUCCCUAAGGUUCGAGUGUUUACGUGGCAUGUGGGACACGAGAUCGUCCCUACUAACGUUAAAAUUGCUUCCGUUCAACAUGGCUUUAGGCAGGGAUGUCCUAGGUGCAGGGCCGAGUACAAGACUGUUAUUCAUGCACUUAAAGAUUUCCCUACUUCUAGGGCGAUCCUCUCUAUUGGUGGGUGA